AUGGACCGUUCGGGUUAUGAUCCGCAAAGAAGUGAGCUGCUAGACGAUUCGGACAAGGCUUACCAGCCAUGUUACGUUGCGCCCGAACCGGAUGAGGAUUCAAUGUUUGAUGAACUUUCUGAUGAUGAUCAAGUGGCUGAACUUGGGUCACCCAGUGCCUAUUUUGGCGAUACUCCAAGAUCUCUUGCUGGAGCUAUGGGCUCCUCAUCCGCUGCUUAUGUGCCCGGUGCCAAAACCAAAUUGGGCAAUGAAUCACCAGAGUCGGAAGACGCGGACAGCGAGGAGGAUCACGAGUACCGUGUGAAACCAGUUCGCGAUGUUACGACUCCAGCUUAUGCUCCCAGCCAAACAUUUGGAUCUCCUUCUGUCGAUUCACCUUCAGACGAGUAUUCCGAUGCAGAAAUUGAACUUGAUUCCCGCUCUAAUUCAGCAAAACCCAAAAUGGAACAAAGAAGUUCUGGUAGUUCAGACCAAUCUGGGGCUCAAGCGCCGGCGGAAAAUCUAGAUACGGUUUCAUCUCCCACGACGAAUGAAGCUGUGGUCACAUCAGAGAAACAGUCAGAAAGUAGAGAAGUGAUCGAGGUCUAUGAAGAAGGUGGAGAAGAAAAUCAGUUAAAUGAAGAUUUUGAGGGUUUUGAACAGGAUGAACAACCCGAGGCCCAAGUCGAUGGUAUUAUAGCGGACAUCUUUGGUGAGAGUGAUGCCGAAGAGGAGGAAUUCGAAGGUUUCGCCGAAAAUGAAGUGGAUGACCAGGAAAAAGGUGACGAUCAAGAUGCGAGCGGCGAGGAAGCUAGUAGAAGCCACUCGACCACUGCGAGACCGGAAGAAUCAGGUUCAAGGAAACCCACAACCGAUUCAGACGAUAAUGACGAGGAUGACGGCGAGGAAUUUGUGUCCGAUUUUGAUAAAAUAAUGAGUCGUAAACGAGAUGAACUCAGGCGAAAACGGCGCCGUAACCGUGAUAUCGAGUUUCUCAACGAUAGUGAUGAUCUGAUUGUAGCUAUGAUCUCGCGUAUGCGGGAAGCCGCUGAUGAGGAUCGUCAAUUGCUAUCAGAAAACAAACCGGCCACUCGCAAACUGACUAUGGUUAAUGAAGUUCGAGAUCUGUUACGUCGAGCCGAUCUGAAAGGUGCACUAGUGGAGAACGGCAUGCUGUCUGCUAUCACUGAAUGGCUUUCACCAUUGCCGGGGCAUACUUUGCCAAAUCUAAUUAUUCGUGAUACCAUGCUAACCUGCUUACGUGAAUUUCAAUCCCUUUCGCCUGAGGUACUUCAGGAGUCUGGCGUAGGAAAGGCCCUUAUGUAUUUGUACAAACAUCCACGGGAAACCCGGGAAAAUAAGGACAAAGCUCAGCGUCUGAUAAGUGAGUCUCGUUCUAGCCUACUUGUUUUGAUUGUGCCGGUUUUAUUUCUAUUUCUUUAUAUAUAUAUAUAUUUAUAUAUAUAUAUAUAUAUAUAA